AUGAUUGCAGACGAAUACGUUACCAAUAAUCGAAACCCACUCAAGAAUGGCAUGUUCGCCAAUGGGGUGGAUAACGCCAACUGGUAUGAUGAACACACGGAAAUCGAUUUCCGAGGAAGUGAUGUAAACGUGCAGAACUUCAUAGAUGCUAUGUUAGGAACAUCACCUCGUUCGAUACAAUCCAAUUCGAAUUCUAGUCUACUGGUGUAUGUCACUGGCCAUGGAGGUGAUCAGUUCUUCAAGUUUCAGGACGAGGAAGAAAUCACAAGCCAAGACAUUGCCAACUUGAUGGACAAGCUCAACGCUGGAAAAAAGUUCGGCAAGGCCUUGCUCAUAGCUGACACCUGUCAAGCGUUUACACUUUUUGACAAGGUUGAGACGCCCAACGUCCUUUCCUUGGGUACUAGUCUGCGAGGUGAGAAUGCGUAUGCCCAUCAUAGUGAUCAUGUGCUUGGCUUGUCAGUGAUCGAGCGGUGGACAAAUGGAUUUGUCAAUCAGUACUCUAGGUCAAAUAGUCCCAAGAGCACUUUGAGUGACCUGAUGGUCGCCCCUUUUCCAGGAAAGGCCGUAUUGGGAGCUCACGUUGGGAUCAAAGAAAACGCUAUUCGUUUCAAGGACGUUUUGGCAUCUGAUUUCUUUGGCCCAAGGAAGUCUAAGAAGAUGCCUCCAAAAAUGAUGAAGAGCAAAUCUCUUGAUCAGGCAAACGAGCAAGUUGCACAAAUAGACACCGCCUCAAAACCCGCCAUGGAAACGUCGGAGGUCAAGCGAUCUCUGGCUGAGGCUGAACGAGAGUCAUUCACGAGACAGAGUUCCGGGAUAAAUGAGGGGACGCACGAUGGUACGAGACAAAGCCUAUACUUGGAGUCAGCUGACCUAGUGUUUGUCUCGGUUCUAUCAGCGCUGGUGAGCAUCAUCCUUGCUGCCAAAGUCAUCGAAAAACGUGAUACAAAAAUAUGA